AUGGCUGCUAGGGCACUUCGCAUUCUGGCUUCAUAUGAGCUUUUCCUCUCGCCAGGCCAUGUCAGAGAUGAGUCUCCAAAACCAACUCUUGCUAUGGACAUUGUAAGCUUUGUGCCACCAAGGUUAUACACACCACCGCGCUUAGUCAACGGCCCCAAAAUCAACCUCGCCAGCACAGUUGGCUUGGGGUCCAAACCCAACAACCACGACUUCGGCACGCAGGGAACGAGAGAACAAUUCCCAAAAGCUUUUGGCCGCUGGCGGGAGACGCAAUCGGAGAAUGCACCCAGACAUUACUUUGCGCGAUAG